AUGGCAAGCACCUCCGCCACGCCCGUGGAGGACACGAUUCGAGCAAAGGUCACGGAAGCAUUGAAUCCCACCAGCCUCACGAUCCGGAACGACUCGCAUCUCCAUUCCCACCACAAGGCCAUGGCAGGCUCGACGUCCAAGGAGACGCAUUUCUUUCUCGACAUCACAUCCCCAUCCUUCCAAUCGAAACCGCAACCGGCGCGGCACAGGAUGAUUUACUCACUCCUGAAAGAGGAGCUCGACCGGCCCGGCGGCAUCCACGCUCUGCAACUCCGCACCAAGACGCCAGAGGAGGUUGAGAGGGAGCUUGCGAGGCGGAAGGACGCUCAAGGGGCGGCGGCCUGA